UGGCAGAAAAAAAGGAUUUUAUUGCUGCUUUUAUUUGAGCUUUUUGUAUGUGUGUGUGAGAGAGAGAUAGAGGGUGUGAAUAUGUGUGAGAGGGGGAGAUGUGAUAGUCUGUCUGACUCGUUGCUAGAAAUGACGUCAUGCUCGUUGUUUCCAGUAUCGGGAGCUAAAAGCUGUGUUAAAGGCCGCUGUCUGCCGAGGACACAACUUGUCCAAAUUUAAAGUCCAGGAUCGUCGACAGCCACCGGUACCUUGACUCCCAGGACCAUCCUCUCCCACCCCCCCUUACCCCUUCAGUCAGAAUAUGGCUCAGGAGACCAAUCAGACGCAGGUACCGAUGCUUUGCACUAUGGGAUGCGGUUUCUAUGGUAACCCCCGCACCAAUGGCAUGUGCUCAGUCUGCUAUAAGGAACACCUGCAGAGACAACAAGGAGGGGGGCGAACAAGCCCCCCAGGAGAGAAGGGUAAGAAGAUGGAAGGGAUUCAACUGCUGGGUGGGGGGGGGAAGCUGGAUGCGGUUCACCAUGUCGCUCUCUUUUCAACCGAAGGCUUCGACUGCCGCUGCGGCAACCUGUUCUGUGCCAUCCACCGCUAUUCUGACAAACACGACUGUCCCUACGAUUACCGGAGUGCAGCGGCGGCCCGCAUACGCAAGGAAAACCCCAUCGUCGUGGCUGAGAAAAUUCAGAAGUUAUGAAGAAAAAUCGCAACGGGGGAAAGAAAACAAAAAAAAGAUUCCUUGCAGAUUUUGAACAAUGGCGACUUGAAUGAAAACACCUGAUGUCAUGGCUUCAUUUGAUCAUGGUAGAUGUUGACGGGCGGGUCGGGGGGGGGGCAGGGGAGGUCGCAGUCGCCGUCCUGACACUUCCCGUACUAGGCUCUCCCUUUCUUUCUGCUCAUGACCGGCUGAACCAAAUUGCGUGCGAGUGUGAAUGGUGUUGGCAGGGAGGCCUUGUGUGUGUGUGUGUGUGUGUGUGUGAGAGUGUGAAUCUGAUGGCGAGUUGUGGGGUUUUGCGACCUCUUAGGUAUGCAUCUUAAAAGAGAGGCUGUUCUUUUCAAUCUCCCAGUAUUUUAUUUUUUCUCUAUUGGGGCUGUUGUGUUUUUACUAAUAGGGUCCCUGUAGGAGUGGUGGCUGAAAUGAGACGGGGGAUGAAGUCUGAGGAGAUGAACCCAAGCUGGGCUGCGUCCCCUCUGAGGUCGGUGUAGAUGGUCUUUAAAAUCUGACCGCUAGCUCCCGUAAAUCAGUGAGCUUUAGAAAUCUAAAUCUUAAAGCAAACGUCGUAAAUUGGCAUUUUCUCCAUUACCUCCGCGAAACCGUUGUUCUAUGGCUCAACACAUGAAAAUCUUGAAAAUUAGCUUUUUUUUUUUAAUAUGUCUUUUUUUUAUUAUUUUAUUCCUUUUGGUUUUUAAUGAGUGUAUGACAUUAUAAGAUCUAUAUUAAUAUAUUGUGGUUAGCUUGAAUUGUGUGAUUGCAUUCUAUUUAUUUUAUGGUUUGGUUGGUCUGUGCUGGAGGAUCGGCAGCAUGUGUCGGCAGAUCGGUUGAGAUUUGCAUUUGAACUUUUCGAUUAUACUUAGGUAAUUUCAUCACGAUUGCGUAACCUUUAAAAGAUAUACAAGCUCUGGCAUUACUGAUAGGAGUCCAAUAAUAGGCAGAUGCAAUUAUGACGUCGCGUAAACACUUUUGGAAGUAAGCACAACUGUGUGUCGGCUGUAGAGCACAAGACCGUGUGCCGCACGUGCUCAGUUUUGUUCCGCCGUCUUGGUCGUUUUAAGAGUUUCUAUUUAGCCUUUGCGAGAGGAGGAGUUGUUCGAUCAAGUUGACAUCUCUCUAAAUGCAUUUUUCUGUUCUAAAGAGAGACCCACGUGAAGCUCUGUGUUUCUCUAACCACCAGCAGACCACUGCAAUGUGCUGAACUGAACUGGGUCGGAGUUGCGAUCAGCCGGCUAACGUAAGACUGUCUCGAAGCUACACAGCCGUGUGCUGUAGUUUUUCCUUUUCUUUCUUUCUUUUCCUUUAAGUUUGUGCUCCAGAUCGGAGGAGCACUGGACUUGAGGGCCGCUUCUUGUGGUAAGCUUCUUCCAGGAAGUCCGAUCCCACGUGCAUGUGUGCAGACCGAUUUUCUUCCUGUACCGAUUGUCAAAUGAAGCUGGAAUGUUUUGGGUUUUUUUUGUUGUUUUUUUUAAAGCCUCACAGCAGUAGCACAAUGCAUGGCUCAAACCUCAAGGUUAAGUUAACAGGACUCUACAGUGUUUUCUUCCAAAUGUAAAUAGCAUAUUGCUCCUUUUCAUAUAGUAUAAUUUUAUUGUAGAUUUCUGCCAGGUAAUGUGGGGACAUACGGUAAAAGACUAGAACCAUGUGUAUAACAGUGCUUAUCAAUUUUCCAAAAAAAAAUGAAUGUCUGGAUGGCCACAUUUUUCUUUUUAUUUUCCUGAAAUUUCUUUAUAAUCAUCUGCCCCUUUUUUUUUGUCAAAAUCUUAUGGUUAACUUGUGUUUUAUUUUUUCCCCCUCUCUUUCAAAUAUUACUUGGCCUGAUUAUUAACUCGCCCCCAUAUAAGAUUUAUUAACCCUGCCGACAGUGCAUAAUUCUAUUAAUAGCAUAGCAACCUAACUGAAAAUUACAAAGUUUCAUGUAAAAUGUAGACACAUUACUGAGGGUCCUUUUGAUUAUCAAAGCCUUUUUUUUUAUUGUUAAAUUUGAAGUCAGAGGGAUUCAGUUGUGUGUGUGUGUGUGUGUGUGUGGGUAUAUGUUGUAAAGAAGUGAAUGGUUUUGGUACACAGAUUCUUGUAUAAACAGAUUAUCAUGUUGAACCCAGGAGUGUGAAUUAACUUUGAAACCCCCCUAACUCUGAUUUACCACAGGUGUACUAGUCAAACUGAGCUAAAGUGGAGUGACAUUUAUAUCCAGUGACCACGGUUGUCAUUCACAGGGGUCGGACUGUGUUGUGAGAGCGGCUCUCAUAUUUUAACUUGUUUCUGAAAACAAUGGUGAUUUUCAACCUUUUUUGUUUUUUUUUUUUUUUUU